AGUUGAGAUUUAAAUACAAUUUUAUAAUUUAAAGUUGAUCAAUGAAUGGAUUAUAAAAAAUCUGAGAACUAAGAUGAAGGCUUAAGAUGUAAUUUGAUGAAUGAUUAAUUGAUACAGAGUUAGAUAGAGAGGUAUUCUUUGAGAAAAGGUAUGGAUAAAAGAAAAAGAUAUAAGAAAAGCAUUAAUAGUGUAUUUGUUUAUUUUUAUUUUAAAAUUUAAAAUAAAUCAAAUCCAUUAUUUUGCAUGGUUCAAGUCAAGAGAUAAGACAGAAGAAAGGUCUAUGAAUAUUUGUUAUUGGAAGGUGUUAUUGUCAUAAAGAAGGUAAUAUUUUAUAGGAUUUCAUAAGGACAUGGCCCUCCCAGUUCAUGCUGAAACAGGAGUAAAAAACUUGGAAGUUUGGAUGCUCUUGAGAAGUUUGAGAGACAAGAAGUUAGUUGAUUUAGUAUUCUCAUGGCAAUACUACUACUAUUAUCUCAAGGCUGAAGGAGUCAAAUAUGUCAGAGAUAAGUUGGGUAUAAUGAAAUCAUCUAACAAUAAGGCAUUGUCGAAGAUGUUAUUCCAGCUACUUUCAAGAAGGCUGAUAAAAAGUUCGAAGAAGAUGUUCCUGAAAGAAGAGGUCCAAGAGGCAAUAAACCAUUUGGUAGAGGAGGAAACAGAGGACCAAGAAGAGCUGAAGAAUAAACAGAAACGACAGCAUAACAAUGAAAUUGAUACAUACAAUCGUACAAUAUAUAUAAAUGGUUCAUCUCAAUCAGGC